AUGGGGCCGGAGUCGCUGCUGCUGGACGUGGCCAACUGGAGCACGAUCCUGGUUUGCGGGGUGCUCAAAGUGCCGCAGGGAGCCGCCUUGCUGGCUGCCAAGUCCGCCCGGGGAGUCAGCCUGGAAAGUUUGGUGCUGGAGCUGAGUGGGCAAGUAAAGGGAUCUUUUUAAAUUCUGGGCUUCGUUUUUCUCUUGGGUUUCGGAGGAGGGAGAACUCCCGUUUCUUUCUUGAGAGUUUCCUGGCGCCAAAGCACGCGAGGUCUUUCCCAACUUAGUGUUGGGAGGGGGAAAGCACUCUGAACACGCCCAGAGGCAAGGCACUCCCCGUUAUGUUUUCAUUUCCUGAGCUGCUUUCAACUCAAGUUGGCAUAGGUCGGGUUCCCGGGCGGGUCUCGCCUUCAGGCGCUGUCUGCUCUCAGGAUUACUCAACUGCAUUCUUGGAUUUCACGGGGUGAGACUAGAUGACCGUUGGGGAACCCUUCCAACUCCACAAUUCUAUGAUUGCUGUAUCAUGUGUGGCCUGCCUCCUACCAGAUGAUUCAAAAGUUCCAGGGCUGAGCCCGUUUUUGAAAACGGAAGAGAAAUGUGAGCCUUGGCUCCUGUUUUCAAAAGACGUAAACAUAGCUUUAAUUUGCAUGAUGGCCCCCAAACGGCUUUUCUUUUCUUUUCUUUUCCCUUCUUUGGGCAACUUUGAAAAAAUAAAUAAAUGAAGUAACAAGUAGUAUCGUUGAGCAUAUGCAGAUUUCAUUCCCUGUAUCGCAGACUGGCUCCAGGUAGCUUCUUCUAUGCAGAAUGGGUUGAGCUCCCUGGAGCGGAAGGUUUGAUUUUCCCACAAGCCCUAAUGUAUGUAUUUUAUGUACGGUAUUUAAAAGAUAUGGUCUGUUUUAUUAAAUCUCUUCUUUUAAGGUUGGGUGGGUACUUCUAAGGUUGUUUUGCACAGAAUAGUCACCUUAUUCCCGUGCUGUGGACUUUACAACCACAGCCCUGCUAAUAAAACACAGAAAGCAAAAACAGCAAUAAUAAAUCAUUAGCUGUGUGUGUGUACACACUGUACCUAUUAACCACAUGCGAAACAUUCUUCUUCUCAAAGAAUUCUGGGCGCUGUAGUUUCAGGGUUGCUGGGAAAUAGAACUCUGAAGGUUGGACUACAGUGCCCAGAAUUCUUUGAGGGAACGAAUGUGCUUUAAAGGUAUAGCUUGUACCACGCAGCCCUUCUGUGCUCCAGUGCAGUUGUGCUUCGUAACCCACAGAUAUUACUAGGUUUAUUCAUGCCCUGUGUUAUUAAGGGCUAAGUCAUGUCUUGCCCUCUGUAACUGACCCCUAUCAGAGGUGGAUUUAGGAGAUCAUGAGUGGUUAAGGUGCAAAGUGAAAUUGUACCUUUCCCUUUCAGCUUCCUCGUAUGCCUGCGGUAUAUGAGUUACUACAAUUAUCCUCUGCCGACGUAUAUAGAAUAUCCUAUCAUCAUUGUGCAAGGUAGUACAUUGCUCCCACCCACCAAUAUUGCAGCAUCAUUUGUUUCUCUCGCUCACGAUCAACGUUUUCGUUUGUUGUGUUUCAGAUGUCAUUCUUUUGCUAUUUGUUCUUCAUUACGGUGGCAAAAUGAAGCAUGCUUUGCCUUACACAGCCAUGUAUCCUUUUAACUAUCUGUUUGCUCAUUUCCAUUUAUAUAGCAUUUCUGCCGGUUCUUUUUGUAUUCCAUCUUCUUGAAUGAAGCAACUGUUUUCCAGCACACAUUCCUGAUGUGCACAUUUUCCAGGUUCUUAUUCAGGUGUUUUCUGGUGGAUUAAGGUGCGGCAUUUGCAAUUGAUUCACUGUAAUGGAAUAUAAGGACUUUGUGGGAAAAGUUCAGGGCCAGCAUGAACAGCCUUUCUUUUAACUCCUGGGAUUCUUUUAUUUUUAGCUUAUGUGCCGUGCUUAUAAUUAAAAUCAAAACUCUGUACCAGGGUAGAGCAACCUGUAUAAAUUGCACAUAAGAAUAUUUUCAUAAUUUGCUUAUUUUGCUUAAUUUAUUGUCAGGGACAAGGGGUAAUUUAACCCCAUCCCCUCAAAUGAGCACCCUGUCCAAAUUCCCUUCUGGGUUCUGGCAUGAUGAGGCAUUGCCUAUCUUUUACAGCAUGAUCUUCAUCCUUUUUGGGCUUAUGGGCACAUUUGGAAUUUUGAGUGUGUUUUGGGGACCAGAGCAAAAUGGCUGCCUGGGAGGCGUAGCUCACAAGAUGGCUGCCUGAGUGGUGUAUCCAAUCACACAAUUUACAGCCUUGGGGCUAGAAACCCUAUGUGGUGAUUUUUACAAGCUACCUUUGCAAUUUAGUAAUUCCUUAAUUGGCUUUUAAUUCAUUCCUUAAGCUACCUUGAGAAGCUACAUUUCUUGACCCGGAAAGACAGGGUAUAAAUGCAUUUAACCCAAUGAACUACCAAGUGUCCACCUGAUUGCCAUCAUCCUUAUGCAACUUAACCUCAAGAUUAGAUUUGUGGCAGGAUGGUACAUGCUAACCCUGCAGAAAUGGAUAGUGGACCUGGCUAUGGUAAGUAGUUGGAAGGAACGCGCCUAUUGCCUGGUUUGCACAGCACGGUAAGCCAAACUUUGGCUCACCCAGAUUGCGUGAAUGCGCAGGCUUCCAGAGGAAAGCUUGCAGCCACUUUUGACUUUUUAAAAUUCUGCACCACACUGAGCUAACCCAGGUUGGUUAAGCUCUUUCCUUGUUAACCACACGCUGAAUAAUAAACAGUGGCUACAGUUCAUGGUUAGCAAGGAAAGAGCUGGAACAUAAGCCCAGGUUCGGAAGACACACUAAGCCAAAGCAUGGCACAGCUCAGUGUGGCAGGAAGUAAAAAGAACAGGGAGGGGCAAAGUAGAUUUGAAUUUCUUGCUGCCAGCCCACAAGCUUCUCAUGGGCCAGUUGAGUCAUAAGCUUGGCAUGCACAUCAAGCUCAGCAAAGUCUCUCUUGUUUAAUGCAGUGUUUCCCAAACUUGGGUCUCCAGCUGUUUUUGGACUACAACUCCCAUCAUCCCUAGCUAGCAAGACCAGUGGUCAGGGAUGAUGGGAAUUGUAGUCUGAAAACAGACCCCAAAUUUGGGAAACAAUUGUUGAAUGGUUCCAGUUCUUGGUGUAAAGUUUUCAUGUGUACUGUGGGAAGGUGGUGGAUUGGAAAGCCAGAACCCAGUGACCUGGCUGUUGAAUGCACCAUUAUCUUCUCUCCCCCCCCCCCUUCACCUGGAUUAAGAUAUACCGUAUUUUUCCGUCUAUAAGACUUCCCCAUGUAUAAGAUGCCCCCUAUUUUGGGGGACUCAAAAAUACACAGUCCACCCUCAGCAAUAUCCAUAUAUAAGAUGUCCCUUAAUUUUUGACAUUAUUUUUUAGGGAAAAAACCUAAAUGGGAAAAUAUGGUAUAUUAUAAAACAUUUAUGCAUAUUUCUUGUUAAAAUUAACUACUCUUCCUGUGGUCACCUGAGGACUAGUGUUUUAAACUGAGCCCCAAGGAGUGUGGAAUUAAAAGUGUGUGUGCUUACUAGAGAAUAGGCCUCCCAUGAGUCAGAAAGGUAAAGGGACCCCUGACUGUUAGGUCCAGUUGCGGACGACUCUGGGGUUGCGGCACUCAUCUCGCUUUAUUGGCCGAGGGAGCCGGCGUACAGCUUCCGGGUCAUGUGGCCAGCAUGAGUAAGCCGCUUCUGGCGAACCAGAGAAGUGCAUGGAAACGCCGUUUACCUUCCCACCAGAGCGGUACCUAUUUAUCUACUUGCACUUUAACGUGCUUUCAAACUGCUAGGUUGGCAGGAGCUGGGACCGAGCAACAGGAGCUCACCCCGUCGCAGGGAUUCGAAUCGCCAACCUUCUGAUCGGCAAGUCCUAGGCUCUGUGGUUUAACCCACAGCGCCACCAGCGUCAGAUACUUCUCCCCAAUUGCUGGGCAUUGCUGCAGCGUUUCUUACUCCUGAAAAUCACUCAUAGGCUCAUUCUCCUGCUGCUUAUGGAAAACGAGGAGGAGCUUAAGUGGUCUAUGACAAGUGAAACAUUUGCUGAGCCAAGCCUUUUAAACAAAUUCUUUAUUCCAUUUCUUGCCUCUAUGAGUGUUGAAAGAGCCAUUCAGAUUGCAGCUGGCUUUCCUAAAUUACAAUUUUUGAUUUUAAAUAAAGAGAGCUGAAUCUGUACUACUACAAAGUUAUAGGUAGACUUCACAAGAUUGGAGAGGGGCUGAGAUUGACUAUGUUUGUAUUUUAAAUGUUUGGGAUUAAGCAAAAUAUUCACUCCUAGGUUUGCAAUCCUAGCCCCAUUUGCCUGGGAGUUAGCACCACUGAAUUCAGUACAACUUACUUCUGAGUAGACGUGGUUGCGAUUGAGCUGUCAAGUCUUCAGAAGAAGUUCAGAGUAGAUUUAAAUCUCAGCUCAAAACUCUCCAAAGCAGCUGAUUUAUCCUGAAUUGGGGCAGUUUUCCACCACACCCACUACUUCCCACUCUAUCCCUUUUUCUUCCCUGCAGAACUUAAGCACUGUAAUCAGCGCUGCAAGUAAACUUGUGCAGCUUCGAUACCUUUGGCGGACGAGAGAUUCUGGGCAAGUGAGUGCCACGACUUGGAGUCUAGCCACAUAUACCUGUGCAAGUAAGCAGCUUCUCAAACUUUUAGCUUUGUUUACUGAAUACAAAUAAAACAAGGAUUCCAGCAUCAGAACAUUUUCUAAUGCAAAUUACCCUGUGCAAACUCCCGCUUUAGUCCCUGCAUCCCCGAAAACACACAUCCUUGUUUUGAUGGGAGCAGCUCAUGCCUGAAAUAGAAUUGCCUCCAAAAAUUGUGUAAUGCAAACUUCUGAGUUUCCUGCUCAAAGGAAUUCCAAGGGAAAUUAAAAGUUUGUCGGCCUAAUAACAUUUUGGAGACGGUUCCUUAUAUCCUUAUACAGAGAGAAAAUGAAUGGAAGUUGUGGGCGCCAUCUGUACUGUGAGUGCCGUCUGCACUGGAAAUUCUGCUGGUAGUGGUGUAGAAACUACACACAGUGAACAAAGUUUACUUAAACGGGCUGGAUUUGCUUGCAGUUUUAAUCUGAAACAAAAUUUUGAAUCGCACAUGGAAGGAGAAACAUCAGAGGAAUGCAGAAUUAUCAGCGAAACAUCUUGCGUAGGGGGUAAAAGUGGUUCUAAACUGAGCCAUUUCACUUAUCUUGGGGAAACCACAGGUUUCAAAAGGCCAGUAUAUUUGCUUGACGACUCUCCCCUUUUGCCUGUUUAAAGUGUGCCAAUAUGCUCUCUUUCAAUUGCAGCCAGAAUAUUUACAACAGUAAUGACAACAAAGGAUGUUACAGGUAAUAUUGUAAUGCCGGGUGAUUUGUGUGUGUGUCAAUUUAAAAUUUGUUUCGCUGAGAACAAUAAAAUAAGGGGUCCUUAACUGGUCAGCAAAUACACUGACACAUUUCCAUCAAUAGCAGUAGUACAGAUGGUUUUAUGCUACCUGGUUACAUAAUUUUUGUUUCACUGGCAUAUAAUAAAGCAAAGACAUGGUUUUUUUUUUGGGGGGGGGGACACAGACUCUUGCAAAUAUCUGAUUUAUGCUGUAUCUCUUUAGGGGGAAAUGCUUGAAUUGUUUUCGACAAGUCAGUCUCUUCAGACCUGUUCUUUGCAUUUUAAACGAAAGGAUUAGAAGCAUCUACUGUGGGAAUUUGACUUAAAAUCCUCUGCAUAUAAAUUCUGCAAUUCAAGUGAUUUAUAUUAAUAUUGUACUUUCAAUAUUGAUAUUGACAAGGCAGGUGGAAAUGUACAUUCCAAUCAAUCUGCCACUUUGCAGGCGUGGAUGGCAACCGUGUGCUUUGCAUCCAGCAGUGCAUCUCACAACCGGCACUGCGCAUUAUGUUGCAGUUAAGGGGAUCUGUAGACAGAAGUCGCCUUCCGUGUGUGAAUUUUGCCUUGUGGGAUGCAUGCAAAUUAACACAGUUGUCAGGUAUUUCAGUAGCUACUGUGAGGUCAGCUUGGCAUAGCUGUGAUUAUACCUGGAAGUUUCUUUUAGCUUCUGGGCUCAAAUAUUGGCCUUUUAAAACCUUAAAGCGGGGGUAGUUAACCUGCAGACCUAUGUUGCUGAAUUAAAACCCGCAUCAAUCCCAGCCUGUAUGGCCCGUGGUCAGGGUAAUGAUGGGAGUCGUAAUUCAGCAGCUUCGAGAAGGCCAUGUAUUAGCCACACCUGCCCUUAAAUGCUUUGGGGCCAGGCUAUAUGAAAGACUACCAUUUCCCAGGAUUGAAGAAUUAGCAUUCAAAGCCUUGCGCUCUGGUCCGCAAGUAAAAGUGGUUAGGUUAGCAUCAAGGACAGGGCCUUCUCCAUGGUGGCUCUUUAUUUCUGGAAUGCCCUCUACAGGGAAAAUUGUAUGGCACAGACCUUUAAGAAAAUGCUUUGGGGCUUUAAAAAAUAUUGUGUGUUGUUGUUGUUUUUAGAACUGUUUUCUGUAACUGUUUUUAAUACUGACAGUUUUUACUGCUAUAAAUCGUAGAAUGUUAAUGUUGUCUUCUACUGAUCGAUCGUAACCUGUAUCGAGAGUGUGUAUCCUACGAGAGACUAAUUAGAAAUAUGUUAAAUAUAGUAAAUUAAGUUACAGUAAAAUGGAGAAAAACAAAGCAAUUUUUAACUAAACACUUCCCCCCUCCCACAGUUUUGGUCCGUUUCAUAGUCAUGAUGGCUCUGAAUAUAUGGGUCACAGCAACUAUACUGCAGUACAGGAAGCCAGCAAAGAAGAGUGAUUAA